AUGGCCACGAGAACGGUUCCCACAGGCGUGGAGCAGGUUCCCGCGGCAGGCAGGGUCUUGGGCAUGGUUGUUUCGCUUCUGUCGACCAGCAUCUUGGCUCUGUUCUUGACGCAGCGAUGUCUGGUCAUUCGGUCGUGGAGUCGUGUGCCCAUCGUGGUGUGGCUCGUCUUUGCCAUAUACACGGAUUCGUACAUCUUUGUCUUUGCGUCGGCCAUGCUGCAGCACUCCAUUGGCUUGAAUGCUAGCUUCAGAACUUGCGACAGCGCCAUUUUGAUCUGUCUCGUCUGUUAUGUUACUACCAAGUUUAUAUACCUGUUUCUUGUUGAAAAGGCGCACAUCAUUCGCGGCACGCCAAAGAAGAGAAUACGCUCGAGAUUGUACAUGUUCAACUCUCUGGGCAUGAUUGCCGUGUAUCUGGCCGUCGUGAUUCUCAACUUUUUAUUCCGGAUCGCCAAGCUGGAUGACGGGGAGUGCGUCAUCGGCAUGAAGAGCUUUGCCAUGAUUCCGCUCAUUUCCUUUGACACAGUUGUCAAUGUAUACUUGACAAUAAUUUUCCUGAUUCCCCUUCGCAGUGAGUUCUCUCUCUACUGUUGA